AUGCCAUGUGCUACGCUGCUGGUGGGGGUGGGCGCUUGUGCCAUCGACACCAUCCUGACAGUGCCGCACUUUCCAGCAGAAGACUCAAAACUGCGGGCUACUUCACUCCAGAAGCGACGAGGCGGCAAUGCUCCCAACACACUGGAAGUCCUGCAGCAGCUUGUACGUCAAGACGAGAACGACGGUGCAUACCCGGACGUCGAUUCUGAGGUACAGGAUGGGCGGCCUGCCUACAUCGACUGUGCAUUGAUCUCAGUUCUUCCAGCGAAGACAUGCACCAACACGGAGUUCAUUCGCUCUUCACUUGACCGCGCUGAUUUAGAUUUCUGCAUCUACCGCGAGGACCAGAUGGAGCCUGUGUCGUCCUACAUCAUCGCAAGUGAGACGGACUCAACAAGAACUAUUGUCAACCACAACCCUCUACCAGAGAUGACUUUCGACGAAUUCCACAUGGCCUGUGGCAAACUUCUAGAGCACCGCACGAGGAUGGACAGCGGAGCCGAUAUUGAAGACAUGUGGUUUCACUUCGAAGGCAGAGUCCCCGAGACCACUCUGGAAUGCAUUCAGUACAUCCGCAGUGAGCCACGCCUCAACGGCCGCAUAUCGGUGGAGCUGGAAAAGCCUGGCAGGGAAGGUCUCCAAGCGUUGGCCUAUGAGGCCGAUGUAGUCUUCUACUCAAGAAAUUGGGCGGAGGGAGAAGGCUACACAAAUGCCAAAGUCUGCCUUGAAGCACAAGCAGAACUCUUACAGCAACAUGAGUUACAUGACGACCCACGCCGUUCGGGCCAGGGAUUUCUCGUAUGCACGUGGGGAGCGCUAGGAGCCUGGGGUCUUCGCCUCCCUCUUCCACCAUUCAACCCAGCAGAGAAUAAAGAGGGCUGGGACGUUGUGCACAGUCCGGCAUACAUCAACAACGUUCGAGCGAUUGUCGACACCACUGGCGCAGGCGACACAUUCAUUGCCGGUAUCCUUUUCAGCCUAAUUGGCCGGCCAGUAGACGACGGAGAUCCGUACUGUUGGACAACAAAACAAGCCCUGGACUUCGCGAACGGGCUCGCCGGGCGAAAGAUUCUACAACAAGGCUUCGAUGGGUUGGGAGAAUCGUCAAGCGCCUUGCGAGCAUUUAUCGACGCACAGUGCGCUACAGCUACUUGA